GUUCUGGAUUGGCAGCGUCGGCCAACAUGUACGCCCCGGCGCGACACAAUAUUAUUGUGUCGCUCAGAGAGGCUGUCGUACAUCCCCUUACGUCGAUGCCAGCCCAAUCUCGCAGAACGCUAGUGCUGCAUAGGCAAUACCGGACGCUGUUCACUUCCUCAACGGGCGUCAAGUCACGCUAUCGGCCUCCUCAUCUAUAUAAUCGUGCAGCCUCGUAUUCGUCUAUUCCCAAGCCCAUCGUCUGGGGGUUGGGGGUGUCCGUCGCAUGUAUUGUCGUGGGAGCCGCUGGGAUCAGCUACGCAAAUUAUAAAAUCAAAGGUCACCUGGACCUCUAUUUCGAUGACUUCGGGUUUGCUUAUGCUGUGCAGAGCUUCGCAGGAAGACCACCAAACAGAUAGAGGACUUGUUUAAUUCUGCCUCAGACGGACUCAAAUCAGCCCAAGCCAGUCUUUCCGAGGUCCGUCUUCCUGAGGUCCGUCUUCCCGAGGUCCGUCUU